CCCUUUUUUCCCGUGAUUUACUCCGUUAACACAUGUCUUCUUUCUGUUCUUCUUCACUCUAUGCCACUUUCUUUAUCCCAUCUACCCCAUUUUCUCUUGAUUUUCCAAGUUAUUACUUCUUUAAUUUCUGCCCAAAUUCACCAUUAUUAUAUGAUUUUUUAAUUUCGUACUUGCUUUUAUUUUUCCUCCUGUAUAAUUUCUCCAACAUCAAUCCUCGGCUUUCCAGCUUCAAUUUCGUCCAAUUUUAGUAAUUGACAGAUGUUAAUCUGAAGCAAACACAAGUCCAUUGUGGUGGAAUGAGUUCAAGUCCAGACAUCCCUAAUCUUCAAGGAUGAAGGGAGGUUUGAAGGUGUCACAGAUCUCUCUCAUCCUUAUUGGAUUCGUAUGUGCUACUGUUCUUCUUUUGGCAUAUGUGAAAAGCCUAUUUCUUUCUUCUCCAGUACUACCUCAGAACCAUGUGCUCCAGCUUUCUCCAGAUCUUAAAGUGAAAGAUGAAGAAGCUUUGGUUGAAGGAAGCGGUUUGGGCCAAUCAGAAGAAAGUGUAAACUUGGUAUCCGAGAAAUAUUCUACUUAUACAAACUCUUCACCAGCGAUUAAGGUGACUGAAGAAUUGAUUUCUCAUGAUAAAGAAGCUUUGGGAGAAGGAGGCGGAUCGGGGCAAGUAGAAGAAAGUGUUAACUUUGAAUCUGAAAAAUAUUCUACUUAUACAAACUCUUCACCAGUGAUUAAGGUGUCUGAAGAAUUGAGUACUCGUGAAGAAAUAGGAGGUGGUGCUCCCAACUUUACUAAAAAGGGAGAUCUAAAAGAUGUUUCAGACAAGAAAAUUGGUUCAAUAAAACAGCAAACUGACGUUUCCACUCCUGUGAGUUCUGGGGGUGAACAUAGUAAAAAUUUGACAACCACCCUGAAAAGACAAGGUUGUCGCUUUGCUAAAGGCAGAUGGGUUGUAGAUGAUAGCCGACCGUUAUAUUCUGGAUUUGGCUGCAAGCAAUGGUUGUCAUCUAUGUGGGCUUGCCGUUUGACACAACGUACAGAUUUUGAAUACGAGAAGUUACGUUGGCGACCAAAAGAUUGUCAGAUGGACGAGUUUACAGGAGUUAAAUUUCUAAAAAGGAUGCAAAACAAGACUCUGGCUUUUAUUGGGGAUUCGCUCGGUAGACAGCAAUUUCAAUCACUUAUGUGUAUGAUUACUGGUGGAAAAGAUAGACCCAAUGUUCUUGAUGUGGGGCAUGAGUAUGGUCUUGUCCAAUCUCGUGGUUCUGCUCGACCUGAUGGAUGGGCUUAUCGAUUUCCAGACACCAAAACAACUAUUCUUUACUAUUGGUCUGCUAGUCUCUGUGACUUGACACCCAUAAAUCCAUCCGACCCUGCUACUGAUUACGCCAUGCACUUGGACCGUCCACCAGCAUUUUUGAGUCAUUUUCUUCCAAAGUUUGAUGUUGUUGUCUUAAACACAGGACACCACUGGAAUAGAGGAAAGCUUAAAGCCAACCGUUGGGUUAUGUACGUCAAUGGUGUUCCUAACACGAACAGGAAAAUGGCAACUAUUGGUGGUGCCAAGAAUUUUACAAUUCACAGUAUAGUCAAUUGGAUGAAUUCACAGCUGCCAAAACACCCUCGUUUAAAAGCAUUUUAUCGGUCUAUAUCGCCGAGACAUUUCUUUAAUGGAGAAUGGAACACUGGUGGGACCUGUGAUAACACUACUCCACUUUCCGAGGGGAAGGAAGUUCUACAAGAUGAAUCAAGUGACCCUGAUGCAGCAGCAGCUGUAAGAGGAACAGCUGUUAAGCUUUUAGAUAUCACUGCUUUAUCCCAGCUGAGAGACGAGGGUCAUAUAUCUCGAUACAGCAUCAAAGCAACACCUGGAGUCCAGGAUUGUUUGCAUUGGUGCUUACCUGGUGUUCCAGAUACAUGGAACGAAAUUCUUUUUGCUCAACUUUAACAUACCUAAACUGGCAGAUGACAGUGUCUAAAGUUAUUUUCCAUUUGCCGGUCAAAGGAAUGGAAGUUGGCAAAUGAUGCAGAUACUACAUGAAUAAUGUCUGGUUGAUUUUACUUAUUGGAGCUGGACAGCUUGUGUUCAGGAGGUUGAUUCAUGGAUAAUGUCUGAGGUAUUUGCAUGUGUUCAUCGACCAUUUUUUAGGAGUAGAUGACAUAUACAUUAUCUGUAGACAAUGGAGAUGCUCCGGCUUUUUGCUGACUGGACAACAUGCAGAGAACUACCGCCGCUGCAUUAUCAUAUGUUAGAGACUAGGCUUUUAGGAUUGGAAGAGAGCUCGACCCUUAAUUUGUACACUGAAUUCAACAUGAGUUUGUACUAUUAGAAAGAUGAGAAAACUAUCCAAGUUUUUUCUUUCUGGCAAUCAAGUGAUGCUUAAAUGUUUCCAUAUGCUUAUGAUCAAGAUCAUUUAUCUCGGAGGAAAGUCGAGCAACCUGAUUAACUUUGGAGGGCACAAACGUAAGACUUGACUCUUCCUUGUUAUUACUGAAUCACGUGUGGCAAUCUGUUGCAGUUUUGUAAGUAUUUGCCUAUCCAGUGCCAACCAAUCAGUAGCAUUUGUGAUGUAUGAUAUCAACUUUUGUUCUUUGUUGUGCAGGGUUUUGAGAAUUGUUAAUAGUA